AUGGAUGUGAAAGAGGAGACGUGUGAGGAUGACCCGAAUAUCAUGGAGGAGAGGACCGUAAAUGUUAAGGAGGAGGACUGUGAGUGGGAGAGUGUCCACCCCAAACAGGAGAGUCUGGACAUCAAGGAAGAGGACCGUGAACUGGUGUCAGUGAAUAUUAAAGAGGAGUGUGUCAGCACUGAGGUGGGCAGCUAUAGGAGUGUGGAGAGUGUCGAGGAAAAUGACCUUCAUUAUGAACAUCAAGAUGGACCAGUGACCCGGUUAGUCUCUUCUCAUAGCAGUCACUCUUCAUCUCCGGAGUCUUCUAUCAAUGUAAAAUAUGAAUCAUUACAGUCUGACAGAAAGACAACUGAAGAAAUUUCAUCUCCUAGGACUGAGGAAUGUCAGCCACCAUCUAAUACGUCAUCUGAAACAAGAAUCAAACUUCACUGCUGUUCUGAAUGUGGCAAACAGUUUUCACUGAGCAGCAGUCUUAAGAGACAUCAAAGAAUUCACUCAGGAGAGAAACCAUAUUGCUGCUCUGAAUGUGGCAAACAGUUUUCACUGAGAAGGUAUCUUCAGAUCCAUCAAAGAAUUCACACAGGGGAGAAGCCAUAUUGCUGUUCUGAAUGUGGUAAACAGUUUUCAGAUAGAAGCAGUUUUCAGCGCCACAAAAUAAUUCACACAGGACAGAAGCCAUAUUACUGUUCUGAAUGUGGUAAAACAUUUUCACAGAGAAGCCAUCUUCAGCGCCACAAAAUAAUUCACACAGGACAGAAGCCAUAUUGCUGUUCUGAAUGUGGCAAAAAGUUUUCACAGAGAAGCCUUCUUCAAAGCCACCAAAGAAUUCACACAGGGGAAAAGCCAUAUUGCUGUUCUGAAUGUGGUAAAAAGUUUUCACAGAGAAGAAGCCUUCUUCAGAGCCACCAAAGAAUUCACACAGGGGAAAAGCCAUAUUGCUGUUCUGAAUGUGGCAAAAAGUUUUCACAGAGAAGCCUUCUUCAGAGCCACCAAAGAAUUCACACAGGGGAAAAGCCAUAUUGCUGUUCUGAAUGUGGUAAACAGUUUUCAGAUAGAAGCAGUUUUCAGCACCACAAAAUAAUUCCAACAGGACAGAAGCCAUAUUGCUGUUCUGAAUGUGUGUAAAAAGUUUUCACAGAGAAGCAGUCUUCAGAAACAUUAAAGAAUUCACACAAGAGAGAAAAAAUGACACAAAACUCCCCCACUUUGUCCACAGAUGAACACAGUACAAUAUGCUAAGCAGCAGAAGAAAGAAUUCAUAAAGUUUGAUGAAAACAAAAAAGAUCUAAUUGGGGAAACUACAAGUAAAGUGGUAAAUACACUGCCCUCCUCCAACAGCCUCAGGUGGAACAGAACUUACUCAUGCAUUGCUUAUGAGGGGUGAACUAAGACCAAAAGACGUACGCCUCAUCAUAGGUGCACAAAACAGUGCCUUGGACAC